GCUUCCGGCGCGUCACUUCCGCCGGCCGCUCAAGAUGGCGACGCCCUUGCAGCGGGGCCUGGUGGCGGCGCUGGGCCGGGCCCGGGCCUCGCUGGUGAUCGCGGCCCCGGCUCGGUCCUACCGGGCGGCCCCGCUGCGGCGCGGGCGGGGGGCGGCGGCCCCGGCGAAUCCCGCGGACCUGCGGGAGGCGGCGCGGCGCUUCGGGCGGUUGGGGGACGCGGCGCAGGUGCCGGUGUGGCGGCUGUGGCCGGAUCCCGAGCGGCUGCGGGCGCUGCAGGCGGAGGAGCGCGAGUGGGACCCGCCGUUGCGGGAGGUGGAGGCGGUGCUGGACCAGCGCGAGCGGGAGGAGGCGCGGCGGCGCGAGGAGAGGCAGCAGCUGGUGGCCCGCAGCCUGGCUGCCAUGCCGGAGCGGGUGAACGCCUGGCGCCAGGAGCGGGCACGGGCCCGGGAACGGGCACGGGAGGAGGCAGCACGGCGGCAGCGGCUGCUGGCCGAGGCUGGGCUGGGGGGGCCCCAUCGCCCCGGAACUGCCCCCCACAGCAGCCCCCGUGUCCAGGAGAUGCUGAAGGAACUGGAGCAGCGGCAACGGCGGGAAGAGAAGCGCCGGCGGCGGGAGGAGCGGGAGGCAGCUGCCCGUGAUGCCAUGGCCGCCGCCGAGGCUGCUGCUGCCUCCCGGCCCCCGCCGGUGCCCCCCGCUUCUGACCAAUGACCAACCCCCCCCCCCCCCCCAAGUCUCAAAUCACACCCACGCAACCCUAAACUGGUUUUAAAAUUCUGCGUUUAAUCUCUUCCCCCCCA